CACCAUCGAUGAGAUAUGCAGCAAAAUUUGGAUCUAGAGAUAAUGUGUACUGUAAGUUUUGUCGCCAUGCUUCAUAUGACGUGAUUGUUUCGUGUUUGGUUAGUGUCCACUGUUUCGGAGCACGACUAUUAGCCAUCUUGUUGUAUGAUUGUGAAACGCUGGGUGUAUUCACAGCUAGAGGAGAAACCGGGUCGCUUAUGUCAAAAAUGACGAUGUGUAGGACUGUUCAGACUUGGAUUGUUUUUGUUGUUUCAUUAACAAAGAGAACUUCUGGGAGCUCGUAGGUACGGCAAAAUCACUCCAGCCACAACUCCUGUUAACGGAUCGCUUACAUCACUAGUCAAUAUUACAAUAUUCAAGGUAAUCGUAAUCCAUUCAUACUUGACAGAGCGAGUAAGACGCUAGCCUCGUGAACAGCCUGUAACUGGAUAUGGGUUAUCACAAACAGAAAUGAAAUGAAAUGAGGUUUAACGUGUGGUAUUAUCCUAAACAAAUUCUACAAGGAAAUAAAAACAGAAAUCGAAUCACAAAGAUGUUCCUGGUAAGCAGUCAUAAGGUAUGGUACUUAGUCCUGUUGGUGUGUGUCUGUCUUUUGUUUAUUCAACAAGGAUGGUUGGAUACCCGAUACUGGAAGAUAUCCAACAAACUUCAAAAGUCGAACAGGUCUGCAGAUUUAUUAUUGGUUCUGUUCACCACGUGGAAAAUGGACCCCGAUAAAACAACGGUCCACACAAAUACGUUUCUGAACUGGAAACAAUUUAAGCCGCACGUCCAACCAGUUGUAUUUACUAAUGAAUCUGCUGUUAUUGCACAAGCUAUUGAAUACGGUUGGGAAUACCUGCCUCUUCUUCAUAUGUCACCUUAUAAUGUGCCCAUACUGAAAUAUAUGUACAUACAAGUUAAACACAAAUACAGAUCGAGUUUCUAUGCCUAUGUUAAUAGUGAUAUUUUAUUUGACGAUGGGUUGAUAAAAACAAUAACGGCUGUAAAUUCUGCGCCAUCUUUACCCAAAAAUAAAUCUCUGUUAAUUAUUGGACAAAGAACAAAUGUUCUUAAUGUGACUCUGGCUGAAUCGUCAACCUUUCAUAACCUUCAUAGGAUUUCAAAAAGGGGACGACUUUUUAAUACAGACGCGGAGGAUUAUUUUAUAACGGACCACAGUUUCCCUUGGGAGACGAUUCCAGAGCUUGCUAUUGGACUUACGGCUUACGAUAAUUGGCUAGUUCUGUUUGCACGGACUGGAAAUAUGACCGUGAUUGACUGUACGGCUACCAUGCUGGCUGUUCAUCAAACGACUAAGAAAGGAAAUAUGGAGAGUCACUCCCACGAUCAUAAGAAUGUAGCUACCAUAUCCCUUUAUUCUGAUUUGAUUCAAUUCGAUGAUGAUAAUAAUGUAAACGUUGAUAAUGUAAAUGUAAAUCAACAAGUUAAGCAGUCCCCAAACGGUUAUGUAAAUUCUUCACAUAACAGUGACAUGAUGACAAAAUUGUGUGAAGCUAUGUUAACACCAAAGUUGGAAUAUCUACACUUUGAUGGGAAUCCGCUGAAAUACGCAUCAUUCAUUCAUAAUUUCGAAACAUGUUUAGAAAGCCAAAACUCAGACAGUUCUAGGAGACUGCAGUUAUUGAUACAACAUUGUACUUUUAAGGCACGCGACGCGAUAGAAAGUUGCGUAAAUUUACCACCCGAGGAGGGGUAUGUCACAGCUAGAAAAACAUUACUAGAAAAUUUCGGUCGAUCACACAUUGUAGCAGACGCUCAUUUGAAAAAACUUGAGAAUUUAUCCCCAAUUAAAGUCGCAGACAGUGCGUCGUUGUUGGAGUUCGGACGUAAUUUGGAAGACACGUACAGAGUAUUAUCGGGAAUGGGACCAGAAUAUGUGACAGAUUUAAACCAUAUUAAUACAAUCAGAUCAUUAAAUAAAAAGUUGCCUUUACAUAUGAAAGCCAAAUGGGUAGAAGUAGCGGGUAAAAUCUUGGAUAAUGGUUCUCGCCCAAAAUUUAAUGAUUUUAUGCAAUUUAUAAAGAACCGUGCGAAGUUAGUUAACAACGAAUACGGAGAAGAUUUACUUUCUAAUAAUCACAGUCAUUAUAAUGAUAAACUUAAAGAUAAUAAUAAUAGUAAGCAACGAAAAUUUUAUAGUAGGCCUGUAACUACACUUGUAACGGAGGAAAGGAAGCCUUUGUUUAAACCAAAGGACACUGUUAGUAAGCAGGGUGCUACUAAUGUGAAAUGUUUACAUUGUUCUAUGUCACAUAAUAUCUGGAAUUGUGAAAAGUUUCUCAAUAUGUCUAAUCAAGAUCGUGUUAAAUUUGUCUUUGAGAACAGACUUUGUAUCAGCUGUUUACGAACUGGUCAUGUUGCUAAAGUUUGUGAUAAAACAUUUGUUUGUCAAAUUAAAGGCUGUAUGAGGAACCAUAAUACACUAUUACACGGUGCCGAUUUUUCUGCCUUUAGGAAGGACAUUACAACCGAAAACACUAACCUAAAGGAAGUUGCAAGUAAUAGAUCGGUUACAGCCGCUACUGGGGCUGGCGUCCCUCGCAUUUCUUUAGGUGUUAUACCCGUAAGACUAAAAAUAGGUCAAGGAAAAUCCUUUACGACUUACCUCGUACAGGAUACUGCCAGUGAAUUAAGUUUAUGUGCUGAAAACAACGUGGAGAUCCACGAGAAUGAUGAUACCCAAAAACUUACCUUGACUGGUGUGACCGGUUCAACGGAAAUUACCAGCCGAAAUGUUGAUAUUGUUGUUUCAUCGUUAGACGGAACUGUGUCGUAUAAACUAGAAAAUGUUAAAACUGUUAAAAACUUACCUAUUACUAAAAAUUGUAUCCCGAUGACGGAUGAUAUCAAGAGUUAUCCCCAUUUAGAUGAUAUUUCGUUGGGACACGUCGAUAUUCCUGAAGUAAGUUUAUUAGUUGGAUUAAAGGAGAAUCCCAGUUUGUUUAUCCCCCUUGAAUCUCGCUCUUCAGGAAAUGAACAUGAUCCGAUUGCCGUUCGGUAUAAUUUGGGAUGGAUGAUUCUUGGACCUUUAAAUGACUCGAAAAGUUGUGAUGAUUUUACAGUAAACUAUUUAAAAGUCGAACCGGUAACAGAUUCGGAUGAACUUUUAAAACAUCAACUUGAUCGUUUGUGGACCACAGAUUUUGCUGAUCUUGAAGUUGAUAAUAAAGUAGGAAUGUCGGUUAGUGAUAAGCGAGCUCUGGAAAUUAUAGAAAACAGUUUAACUAAAGUUGAUAACCACUACCAAGUAGCCCUUCCGUGGAAAAGCGUGACUCCCUAUCUUCCAAAUAACAGGACCGUGGCUGAAAACAGACUAAACGGGUUAAGGAGGCGAUUUCUACGAAACCCAACGUUAUUUGAUCGGUAUAAGGAUACCAUUCAAGGUUACAUCGACAGUGGUCAUGCUGAAUUAGUGCCAGCAGAGGAUGUGAACACGACAUCGCCAGUUUGGUAUUUACCGACUCACCCGGUAACACACCCUUUAAAACCUGAUAAGGUCAGGGUUGUGUUUGAUUGUGCUAGUAUAUUUCGCAAUACAUCUUUAAAUGAUCAAUUGCUUCAAGGACCGGAUUUAGCGAAUCAGUUAACUGGUGUUCUCUUACGAUUUCGGCAGGAUAAGAUUGGUAUUGUUUCGGACAUCGAGGCCAUGUUUCACCAAGUCCGUGUGGACCCGAAGGACUGUGAUGCUUUACGAUUUUUGUGGUUUAAAGACAGUGAUUUGUCUAGUUCUGUUGAAGAAUAUAGGAUGAUUAAACAUAUUUUUGGUGCAACAUCUUCUCCCUGUAUAGCGAACUUUUGUCUGAAAAUGUGUGCCAAAACUCAUGAAAGUGAAUUUAAUCCGGAAACAAUCUCGACUGUUCUAAAUAACAUGUACGUGGAUGACUUAAUGAAAUCGGUAGACACUAUAGCAAAUGCAACCAAGCUGUAUCACGAAGUGACCGAACUUUUGUCUUUAGGUGGAUUCCACAUAACUAAAUGGUGUAGCAAUGAUAGACAGUUCUUAGCCACCAUUCCGGAAGCGGAGAGAGCAAAAUCCGUUGUUAACCUUGACAUUGAAAAGUUGCCAACCCAAAGUACUUUAGGUAUCAAGUGGAAUACCGAAUCGGAUUGUUUUGUUUGGGAAAAUGCUGAUAAACUUUCUAAUAGCGCAUUAAACAAGCCUAUGACUCGUAGGGGUAUUCUUUCUGUUGCAUAUUCACUGUUUGACCCCCUCGGAUUUGUUGCGCCCUUUCUUAUGAAAGCCAAACUAUUGCUGCAAAUGUUAAGCAGGAAACAAUUAGGAUGGGAUGAUUCAAUUCCAGACAUUGAUAAAAAUCAGUGGAUUAGAUGGUUAAAUGAUUUGAAUCGUUUAUCGGAGAUUAAAGUUCCUCGGUGUUAUAAAUUACAAGACUCAAGUGAUAUUGUAGAUAUUCAGUUACAUGUUUUUUCGGAUGCCUCGAGAGUAGGGUAUUCGUCAGUAGCCUAUUUACGAUGUGUAGAUAGAGAUAUGAACAUCCAUUGUGCUUUUGUAAUGGGCAAGGCUCGGUUAGCUCCAUUGAAGGAGAUAUCAAUUCCUCGGUUGGAAUUAUCGGCUGCUGUUGUGUCCGUGAAAUUGUGUCACUUGAUAAAGAGUGAAAUUGACUUUGAAAUUAACAAAGUUGUGUAUUGGACUGACUCAAUGUCGGUUCUUAAGUGUAUUAACAAUAAAACUAAACGUUUUCACACUUUUGAAUCAAACCGGUUAACCGUUAUUCAUUUAGGUUCAAACCCCUCUCAAUUUAGGUACAUUGACAGGAACAUUAACCCCGCUGACGACGGGUCUAAAGGGUUAAAGAUGAAAUCGUUUAUUCAAAACGAUAGGUGGUUAACGGGACCUGACUUUUUGUAUCGUGAUGAGUUGUUUUGGCCGGAUAAAGUGAACAUUCCGGAAAUGAUGGAUACUGAUCCAGAAAUACGUAAAGAAGCUCAAGUGUAUGCUACGGUUAAUGUCCCGGACAGAACUUUGUUUGAUAAACUGUUUGAAUAUUUUUCAUCUUGGUGGAAAUUAAAAAGAGCUGUUGCUUAUCUGAUACGUCUAAAGACUAUUUUAAGAGACAAAGUGUCGGAACGAUUAAACGGGAGUAAACCAAGACAGUUAUUAAAAUAUUUGUCUGUACAAGAAAUAAGUUAUGCCGAAUCGCAAAUAAUUAAAUUUGUCCAGAAAGGAGAUUUUCCAAAGACGUAUAAAGCUUUAAGUUUAGAAUCUGAGUCUAAUAAAUCGUCAUUAAAGGAAGUUGGAUCUUCGUUGGUUAAAUUGAAUCCUCAACUGGAAAAUGAACUGUUAUGUGUUGGAGGUCGAUUGGAGAAUGCUUCAAUUGAUGGAUUGGCGAAACAUCCAGUAAUUUUGCCAUACAAACACUCGGUUACGGACUUAAUAAUUAGAGAGUGUCAUGUUAGUGUCGGUCAUAUGGGACAAGAAACGGUUCUUGCCACUUUAAGACAGAAGUUUUGGAUAAUAAAAGGCCGAUCAGCGGUAAGACGGAUACUUUCAAAAUGUGUAACCUGUCAGAGGAGAUCUAAGCCAACCGAAACUCAGUUUAUGGGCAAUUUACCGAAACAAAGACUUGUUGCUGAUAAACCACCGUUUUCGUGCGUUGGAAUUGAUUAUUUCGGACCUUUGUUAGUGAAACAGGGACGAAGUGUUGUGAAAAGGUACGGCUGCCUUUUUACUUGUAUGACUUCAAGGUCUGUGCAUAUAGAAAUUGCACAUUCACUAAACACGGAUUCUAUGAUAAAUGCCUUACGGAGAUUUGUUAGUGUUCGUGGUCAACCAGAGGAGAUAUGGAGCGAUAAUGGUUCGAAUUUCACAAGCGCGGAUAAGGAACUUAAAGAGGCACUUAAGGAUUUUAAUCAGUCUAAACUCUCUAGAUUUUGUGUUCAGCGGAAUAUAACUUGGAAUUUUAAUCCACCUGCGGCCAGCCACAUGGGUGGUGUGUGGGAGCGAAUGAUUCGUUCAGUACGCCAAAUAUUAAAAUCUGUAUUAAAGGAACAGUUAGUUUCGGAUGAAGUUUUAUUAACUGUUGUAGCUGAAGUGGUGUUUAUCUUGAAUAGUAGGCCGUUAACGAGAAACAGUGAUAGUGUUUUAGACGACGGGCCUUUAACACCAAAUCAUUUGUUGCAUCUUAGAUGUAGUAAUAGUUUACCCCCUGGUAUAUUCGAAAAGAAGGACUUAUAUUUAAAACGUAAAUGGAAACAGGCCCAAUAUUUGAGUGAUGUUUUUUGGCGCCGAUGGGUAAAGGAAUAUUUGCCUACAUUAUUGGAACGAUCUAAGUGGAAUCACGCCAAACGUAACAUUUGCAUUGGGGAUCUAGUGCUUUUAGCGGAUGAUAAUUACCCACGCGGUCAGUGGCCCUUGGCUCGAAUUGUGGAAGUAUUUGUGUCUAAGGAUGGGUUUGUGCGCACCGUUAAGCUUAAAACAAAAGCAACCGUUGCGACUUGUGCAAAGCAUCACAAGGAUGCUAAUAUUAAAGAUGGUUAUGUGGUUCUUACUCGACCAAUUCAUAAAGUAUGUUUACUUGAAUUGGACGAACCUGUUAUCUUAGAUAAUUAGUUAUUGAUGUACAUGUAUGUUAAAGUAACUGUUUGGAAAUCUGUAAUUUGUAUUUAUUAUUGAGUUAGCCAUAAGAAUUAAAAUGGUAGCUAAUUGGUUUUUUUGUACAUAAAAAUGUUUACUGUCAUUUUUAUGUAGGGGCUGGUGUAGCUACCAUAUCCCUUUAGUAUAUGUUUAAUAGUGUUAUUUUGUAAAAUGUAUAAGGGUAGAGUUUGAUGUCUACUUUCGGUUUCACUGGUUUUCGGAAAAUCUUACUGGCGGUCUUAAUCCGAGCCUCGGUUUGAGAGUUCGCGGUAAAAAUAUAAUGAUGGCGUGUUGUCAUUUCCAAGUGUGGACGGUUUAUUCGGUAUUUGUUUGAGGAUGUGACCCCAAACAACUUGAAAACCAGUGAAUUCCGUGAAUUUGUUAAUGUGCGGUUAGAUGCGGAUAUCUAAACCCAUUCAGUAAACUGUUUUUCUAAUACAUAUAUGAUUUAGUAUGUACAUCGGUUGACUGUUGUGAAUUUCACUGUGUUUCAAAUAUGGGAUAGAGUUCAGCGGUUAUUAUUCUAAUAAACUUUGAACUUUUACUUUGUUUUGAGUUUAAAUACACUGUGCAGUGGGCACAAAGAACUAUAACUUGGAGGUGAUAAGUAAAGUUUAUAAGACAGUAGAUUACAGCGGUGGUUCAACUCAUUGUACCAACUGGAUAACGAGAUACAACGGCACAUCAAAACUUGUAACAUUUCUUCAAAGACCGACACCUGCUUGUCAACUUAUAUUAAUACCUAAAACAAAACAAAAUACCUAACACUUCUCCAAACACCAACUUUUUUUCAGGUGGUUCAGCAUGUCAGUGACUCGAAAACGCAAAAAGAAGUUGAUUAUGCGAUUAUUUUAGCGUUAAUAAAAUUCAAGGAAAUGAAAUAAAAUUUGUUGAUGCUUGUUAAAAACCCAGUUAAUCUCUGUAGAAUAAUUAAUUGCAUCUCAAUCUGUCUGAACCUAAAUGAAAUGGAGUUUAACGUCCCACUGUUCUGCUCCGACUGGGCUAAUGAAGACGGGCAUAGGAUAUUAACCUACCCGAGGUUGAUAUGAUAGAGAACACGCGGGCGAGCGAGAGUAGGUUUAUAUCCGACAUAUACAACGCUAUUUCACCCUUAAAUUUAAUGUUCCAUUAAAAGGCAACAAUGAUUGGAUAAUUGCUCGAUAGUUUCCGCCAAAUAGCGAACAUUACGGAAGUAAUCACGUGAAUGUACGUGCAUGUUUUUGUUUAUACGUCCCCUUUUUGGAGUAAUUGAAUUGAAAGCAAAAACAAAAUGGAGAGUAAUACGAAGUCAGGCAAAUAAUCAAUUCUUUUUAGCCAACAUAUUGACGAUGGAAUAGAUGUGAAUGCAAAUAUCGAUGUGGAUGUAUCCAAGGCCUGGAGAAAAUUUGGAUCAAAAGGCAAUCUUUUCCGAUAAUUAUGACAGUGAACUGUGAUUGAAGGUUUUCGGUAUGUUCACAGAAGGAUUUGACCGACUGUUUUAAGUGGACUGUACCCAAAAAUACUUUACAAGGAACUCUUGGGCGAUAAAUACUUUCACGUCUUGGAGUGUGGAGAAAUAAUCGAAAUGUGGACGGAAAGAAAAUUCGGCAAUACUAUAUACCGUAAAACACCGGAAAACACCAUCUUAUACUGAAUACCGGAAAACACCGGAAAAACACUAAAUACCGGAAAACACCCUAAAUACCGGAAAACACCCUAAAUAGGUAACCCGGAGCCUGGUCCUCUGUGUGCGGGUUUGGACCAAGUGAGCGCCGAUGAAGGAAGGUCAAGGUCAUUACGAUGUUCGUUUUACAAAUAGCCCCCCACCCCCCCCAAAAUUUUUUUUUUUCAAACUCCGGGUUACUAAAUAGCUACCGGAAAAAUUAGAAGAGUAAACUGUGCCCGAUGGGGGUGGAAUUGUCCAGUCACGUGACGAACAUAGACCUUCCGUUCCUCAACCCAUAUUAUUUCCACAGUCAUUGUCAUUAAUCACAAAUUACGGGAUGAUAUACGAAAAUGCAGGUUUACUUUGAAAUAGUGCAAAUGAUACUUUUCCAUCUACAAUCUUCAGAUCAAAGGAUGCAAGUUCUUACACAGUGCAGCAUAAUUUGUGCAACAGAAGACAUCUCGAAUAUCGAUUGUCGGAAAAAACAUUUUCUCGGGGACAUUUUUUCCGAAUACGCAUUCGGUAUAAGUCUUCAGCCACCAGGAAGUGGUUAACAUAGUAAUGUUUCAUUACGAAAGUAGUACAUAAAACAGAUUGGUUGCCUGAGGUUCUCGGGUGGGAAAGUAGCCUCAUCGGCUAGAGUCCUAAAAACAACAAUUGCUUCCUUGAAAAUUUAUCGAUCAACCCACUUUACAGACGUCCAGCUUACCACAUCCCGUCAAUGCAGUAAGAUAGAAUAUGUAGUUUUUUAAUGGACAAUUGGGCGAAAGUUGGGGUUUUCUCAAGGAAAACUGGUCAACAAGUUGGGGAAAAAAGCUCGAAAAGUAAUCCAGAAAAAAAUCCUGUGUGCGGCCCUCGGAAUAUGAUGGAAUAUUAUUAUGGUUCAAGUGAUUAUAUUUGACCCUGGAAUGAAAGUAAGCUCAGAAACAAGUAGAUUUUUAGCCCUUCCAACGAGAUGGAUAGCUCUUGGAUAGGAUAGACACUUUUCAGAUUACAGCCUGUCCGAGAAUUGCGUGGCAUCCAUUUCGUUUGGUGAUUAGGACACAUAGCGGUUAAACCUGGAACUUCAACUCGAACUAUUCAGAGAUUUAUUAACUCGCUGGUGGUCUGAGGCCCAGCCGCCUCUGACAACCGAUAAGUUGUAACUGUACUUGUUGCCCUGGGCCAAUCAAGAAAUGUAGGAUUGUGGCACAAAUUUCUGGAGAAAGUGACAGAGGCUCAUAUUUUGGUAGAUUGUUUAGUCAUUUCCACUUUGCCCAGAUUAAGCGGGGUGCUGACCAGACUGCAGCCAAGAGCCCCAAUGUUAAAGGCGCCCCCCAAAUUAGUUCUAAAAAAAUAUGUUAUGAUUUGAUUUAUUAUGGUGUGCCAAAUAAAUCUAUCAACCAUACUGACAUACAAAUUGCAUUUGUGUGCGACGGACAAUGACCAGAAUAUGCCUGUUGACAUUUUCAGCCAAGGGACUGAUGACUUACAGAUUAGAUUUCACAACCGGAUUAAUAUUUCCAUAAUAUUCAAAAUGAUGCUUGUUUUUCUUUACUCGUAGGUCGUUUAGUUCUUGAUUGUUGCUAACUAUGUUCUCAUCUUCAGGACUUAAUCAUAAUCCCUUAACCAAGUGUCAAUGUAUGGUAUGCCGUAGCUCAAAUAUACGUCAAAUCCAUUCUAGCAUGGGGGAUCACGUCGCAAAGUGGGUAAGGCGCUGGCUCGCUAGCCUGGAGGUCGGGUGUUCGAUCCCUGCAUUGGCCAAGAAAGUUCAUCUCGAUUUUCCGGCGUGGUUUCCCCUUGUCAGUGAUGCAGAACGGAGGGCCAGACAAGGACAGCUGCCUAGUCGUUCGGAUGGGACGAAAAACCGAGGUCCCGUGUACACAUUGGCGUGCACGUAAAAGAUCCCUUGGCAGUUGGAAUUCGAUAUAAGAGUAGGUCGUAGCGCCGCUGCCCGGACAAAAUUUCCCUCAUAGCACACUGUAUGGCGUAUGCCCGUCUUCAAUUAGCCCAGGUUAGGUGCAGAAGAGUAGGACGUUAAACCCCAUUUCAUUUCAUUUCAUUUCCAUUCUGGCAUGUGACGCCCCCCCCCCUUGGUCUGUCUACCCUCGGAGGCCCCAGCACGCCUCUGGGCUUUAUUAUUUAUUAGAUAUAAUAGGAAUUUAUAUGACUUUUCAUCCAUUGAUAAUUAAAGCUUAUUUAAGAAGAAUAUUACAUUACAUUUGUUACAAUUAAAAACUUGCUCUACAUGAA